AUGGCCGCCCGGGAGGGACUAGAGGGGGAGAAAUCAGGCACCCGGCCAAGAACUUACCCCCUGAAGGACCUUGAUCGGGUCUUCUUGAGCCUCUGUAUAGCAUUAUGUGUCCGGGUUACAUCUCAUAAACGAGCGACCCAAACGGUGGCCUCGUGGCUGCAUCCGGCAACCAGACGAUGCCAUUUUGGGCUUCCUCUCCACACCCUUAAACCUCUCAAAGCAGACAUCCGACUAGCAGCACAAACGGCAAUGGUGG